CUGUGGAGCAGGGUUAGUUGUGCGUUGCGUGUAGGGAAUGGUAACUGCUGCAGGAGUGUAGCCUGGAAAUUCAGUUUAAAAAAAAAGGUGACUCCAAUACCAAUAUUGAACCCCCUCAAACGGGUGGAGAGUUACCUCGUAUCACAAUUGUGUGCAGCGAUAUAUGCCUACUUGAAGGAUUCUCAUUUGAAAGCCCUACACAGAAUUUGUUGUCUAUGCAGCAACCUCUCUCUACUAGACAUGGAGCACCUCUGCAGAACAGCAGUACUGCUCCAGAACGUCACCAGCAAGUGCCCAAUAAAGCACCACUUGCACCCAUGGCUGGACAGUAUGACUUUAACUAUUACCAGAACAACUACCAGGCAACCGUCCACAACUUCAUCAGACCUCCUCUAUGUCCUACAUCAUUGGGUACUCCUCAAGGACCUGGUCAGAUGUACCCUGCACUUCCCUUGGGUCCUAAUCUGAUCACUGCCAGACCUCAGUUAGAACCUAAGUUUGUAAGCACUCCUCCUCAAGGUGGUUAUGUUCCAAGUGGUGGACACUAUCCAGGUCAAGUUCCCUACAAUGUACCUUCUCAAAGUACUACUCAGGGUAUUCCCCCUCAUUCUUCUCCUUAUACUGGCUUCUCUUAUCAUCAAACUAUGCCUGUUUUCAAUACCCAAUAUAAUGCUCCUUUAACCUCACAGACUGUUCAUCCUGCUACCAGUCAGCCUUUAGUUGGUGUCUUACCCAGUCAUAUGAAACCAUUGCCAGAAACUGGGCAGAGACCCACCCAAGCAUCUUUUCAACCGUAUACUGUUGGAAGUACUGCUGCAUCAUGGCAUCCCUUACCCGGAGCAUCAAUGACAGCACCAACUGGUCCUGUUACCAAUCCUGCUGCUGCUGCUUCCUCUGCAAAUAGCCAGACUUGUGCAGGUCCACCCCCUUCAAUGCCGCAUCAUAUCAACCAAAGUUACCUACCUGACAGAGCAAAAGUAGCAACGCUUCCAGUUGUUGGAGCACCUCUUGCACGAGGGCCACCACCAUCAGCUAAUCCACCCGUAUCGGCGUCUGCAUCACAAGCACUUGCUUCAGAGGCACAAGAAGGCAUGCACUAUGGAUAUGUUGCUAAUAAUCAAGUUAAUUCAGCACCGAGUCCCUUGUCAUCAACUUCAGAUGAUGAGGAUGAUGAUGAUGAAGCAGGUGCAGACUCUUCCUCUUCCUCAUCAUCAUCCACUAACACUUCACUCCCCAACAACUACGAUGCUUUGGAAGGUGGAAGCUACCAAGACUCAACAUCUUCAGCUACCACAUUCCCCGCUCCUUCUGAUCCACGUCCAUUGAAGAGCACUAAACCAUUUGGUUACGCAUAUCCAACUCUCCAACCAGCCUACCAGAACGUAGCUUCUCCUUCACAAUCUGUGGGUCCACCCACUAGCCCAGGAUAUUCUCCAGGACCUCAGCAGUUUACUCAGCCUUUUUCCAGUGUUAAUCAGCUGUCGUCGUCCAUGGAGGGGCUAACCUUUCGGAAUAAUCGGCAGGCUGAAGCCCUUAGGCAAGUCAGUCUGCUUCAAGAACGGAAUAUUCUUCCACCUGUACCAAUCCUGAGCCCUCAAUCCAAUUUAAGUCCAGAGCUGAAAAAGCUUAACUGCAGCCCAGACUUAUUCCGGUGCACUCUGAUGAAUAUCCCUCAGACCCAGGCUUUGCUGAGCAAAGCAAAACUUCCUCUUGGAUUAUUACUCCAUCCUUUCAGAGACUUGACGCAUUUGCCUGUGAUUACGUCCAGCACCAUCGUCAGAUGCCGAACCUGCAGAACGUACAUUAACCCAUUUGUAUCCUUCCUUGAUCAAAGGAGGUGGAAAUGUAAUCUGUGCUAUCGAGUCAAUGAUGUACCUGAAGAAUUUAUGUAUAAUCCUUUGACACGCUCCUAUGGUGAACCACACAAACGACCAGAGGUUCAAACUGCAACUGUGGAGUUCAUUGCUUCUUCAGAUUAUAUGUUGCGACCUCCUCAACCUGCUGUCUACCUCUUCGUUUUUGAUGUUUCCCAUAAUGCAGUGGAAUCAGGAUACCUGGACAUUUGUUGUCAGUCAUUGUUAGAAAACUUUGACAAGUUACCGGGAGAUUCAAGGACCAGGAUAGGAUUUAUUACAUUUGACAGCACAGUUCACUUCUUCAAUCUGCAGGAAGGGUUAUCGCAGCCUCAAAUGUUGAUUGUGUCAGAUAUUGAAGAUAUCUUCAUACCUACUCCAGACAGCUUGAUGGUAAACCUAUAUGAAAGCAAGGAGCUUAUUAAAGAUUUAUUGAAAGCAUUGCCCACAAUGUUCACCAACACAAGAGAGACCCAUAGUGCAUUGGGCCCUGCUCUGCAGGCUGCGUUUAAACUUAUGUCUGCGACAGGGGGGCGCAUAUCUGUGUUUCAGACGCAGCUACCAUCUGUAGGUGUGGGUCGUCUUCUAUCAAGGGAAGAUCCUAACCAGAGAUCCACCACAAAGGGUGUGCAACACCUUGCGCCAGCCACAGACUUUUAUAAAAAGUUUGCCUUGGACUGUUCAGGCCAGCAGGUGGCAGUGGAUCUGUUUCUACUGAGUGGACAAUACACCGACAUGGCUUCGCUUGCUUGUAUGUCAAAAUAUUCUGCCGGUUCAGUCUUCUAUUAUCCAUCAUUCCAUCACAUUCACAAUCCUGCCCAGGCUGAGAAGUUUCAGAAAGACCUCAAACGAUAUCUCAUUAGAAAAAUUGGCUUUGAGGCAGUUAUGAGGAUACGUUGUACCAAAGGUCUCUCCAUUCAUACUUUUCAUGGAAAUUUCUUUGUGCGUUCCACUGAUCUGUUAUCCCUUGCUAAUAUAAAUCCUGAUUCAGGAUUUACAGUGCAAAUGUCCAUUGAGGAAAAUCUGGUAGACACAUCCAUUGUAUGUUUUCAGGCUGCUUUGCUUUACACUUCAAGCAAAGGUGAACGUCGGAUUCGUGUGCAUACUUUGUGUUUACCUGUUGUGACCUCUGUAGCUGAUGUUUAUGCAGGAGCAGAUGUGCAGGCUAUUACUUGCCUCCUAGCUACUAUGGCUGUUGAUCGAUCUGUUUCCUCAAGUCUGUCUGAUGCCAGAGAUGCCUUGGUGAAUGCUGUGGUGGAUUCCUUAUCUGCGUAUCGCUCCACUGUUUCUAACCUCCAGCGGUCUGUAUUAGUGGCUCCAAACUCCCUCAGGCUGUUCGCUGUUUAUAUUCUGGCUCUCCUGAAACAGCAAGCAUUCAGAACUGGCACCAGCACUCGAUUGGAUGAACGGGUGUUUGCCAUGUGUGAGAUGAAGACGCAGCCGUUAGUUCAUCUGAUGCUUACGAUUCAUCCCAACCUGUACAGAAUAGACAAUUUGUCUGAUGAGGGUUCCAUCACUGUUGGUGACAAAACUGUUCCUCAGCCACCUAUUCUGCAACUUUCUGCAGAAAAGCUGUCAAAGGAAGGUGCUUUCUUGAUGGAUUGUGGCUCUGUAAUGUACCUCUGGAUUGGCAAAAGUUGCAGCAGCAACUUUAUUAGUGAAGUGCUUGGAUUUCCUAACUAUGCUUCUAUACCACAAAAUAUGACUCAGCUACCAGAAUUGAAUACAAUUUUGUCUCAAAGAACAAGUAAUUUUGUUUCCUGGCUUCGAGACAGCAGACCUUUCUUAUCGAUUAUUUACAUUGUGAAGGAUGAUGGUCCUAUGAAAGCAAACUUUUUCCAGAAGUUAGUGGAGGACAGAACCGAAUCUGCGUUGUCAUAUUAUGAAUUCCUUCUUCACAUUCAGCAGCAAAUCUCCAAGUAACAGCAGUUAUAGUUUGAAAGCUGGAACUGAUCAGUGAUUUUCUCGUUUUGGGGGAGGGUUGGGGCAGUACUGUCAUCUGAAGCAAACGUACAUUUACCUUGGAGGAUGGAUUUUGUGUUGAGGUAUAAUGUGAGGUGGACAUCAUCAACAAUAUUCAGUCUUGAUGAAGGUUUUUACACUGAUGGUAGGAAUAUGAAAAGCUGGUCAAUAAAAUGUGCAACCUUGCAGAAUAAAUUCUUGAAGUUACUAUGCUGUAAUGUGUAUUUCUGCUCUACAAUGCAGUGAAAUGAAAAUGCCAUUGUACUGAUAGAAUUCUAAUAAUGGCGUUAAAGAAUGGGCUUGAUUGUUUUAUCCUAGAUAGAGCAGGAGCAUAGAGGCCUUGUUACUGAAUACAAAUAGAAUAGAUGUAUUUAUUACGAUGUAUAAGCUCUGUUUAUUCACAAUUUUGUUCAAGUUUUUGAUCUGAUUAAUUUUCCUGUCUGUUAAUUUUCCUGUGUGUAAUGUAUCAGUGUACAUGUUGAUUUUUCACUGGCAUUGGGUAGAGGUGAUGACUGUACAUGCUUAUGCAGAUAGGAAUUUUUAUUGGAUUGAUAGCAAAUACAGUCUGCAUUAAAGUACAAGCCAAGAUCACUUACAGAGCUGUUGAAUGUGGUUUAGAGAUGCACAUUAUAAAAUUCAAUGUGUACAUAGAAAAUUUAACUAACUUUGUAAAGUAAUGUACAAAAAAAGUAUCAAUCUAACUUUCGGUUCUAUUAAAAGUGAAAGAGUAAACUGUAUGCAACAGUGUUGAAUGUUUUGUGAUCAAACUCCUCCUGCCUCACUCAGGCCAUUUGAGGCUAGAGAGGACCUGAAUGCAGGUAUUCUGUGCCAUCUUCCAGUUCAACUGGCAAUGACUAUCAUUUUAUAAAAACUCAAAUUAUUUCUCAUUGUAAUUCUGUUUUUCAUCUUUCUCUUGCGAUUAAUUUCUUACCAGCUAUUGAUUAAAGAGCUCUGCUGGA